AUCAAGCAAGGGACAGACAAAGUGACGCCGCCGGGAUAGGGACAGAGUGAGAGAAGCGCUGAGUGGGUACAUCUGUGUGUCUGUGUACAUCUGUGUGUGUACAAUUGUAUUCUGUGCAUGUGUGUGUGCAUGAGUGUGCACGUACGUGCGUGCGUGUGUUGGAUGUGUGUAAAAUCAGUUCAAGUAAGAAACAAACGUCUUCUCCCGUACAAAGCAGGUUCACCACACAAGGUUGGGCUAUACCUUCUGUCUUUACGGAGAAAAACAACCAAAUGCCUCGCGAGACAGAUUGUUAGUAGAAUAGAGGCCUACUCAAAAACUCGACUCCCCGGAACGAGGAGCGAGUGGAUUGUACCAGUACCUAAUAGAAUGCACGGAUUGUAACACUGUUAUUAACAGUUACUUACAGUAGUAUGGAUUAUAACAGUAUUUAACAAUAGUAUGGAUUAUAGCAGUGACUUGCAGUGGUAUAAAUUGUUACAGUAACCAUCAAUAUAAUGGACUGUUACAGUAACUAACACUACCCCCCACACCUCGCACGGAAACAACCAAAGAAGAGGGUACAGCGGUCAAGAACUGAGGCUAGAGGAUGAGUUGUCCAACUGAAGUAACAACUUGAGUCUGAGAGUUGUCCAACGUAGCUGUGAGUUGUCUAACCGAGAGUCUCAUGGAGCAGGUGGAGCAUUCCAGCACUUGACCUACUUCUCACCCCCCCCCCCCCCACACACACACAUCUGGAGCGUGAGUGCAAAGGUCAAGGGAGAGGAGAAAGCUAUUUUCAGCUGAUGACUGACUUACUUGUGUGUGCUCUCCUAGUCUAGCGCAUCCUUCCAUCCCUCGCCUCGGCUCGCUGUUGCCUCACACCAAGGAGUACUAUAUAGAUACAGUAAUAGCACUCCUUGCCUCACGCUUACACGCGCCAGAUCCCCGCACUAUGAUGUGAGUACACUACUAGAGAGGUAGAGAUGAUGAACUACUUGAUCAACGUCAUCAGUCGCCAUCGACGGCUGGUCUUGGUCCUGUCUGUCUGCUUGUUGCUGGUCCUGGCCUUCGCUCUCAGAACAUCAGAGAAGGAUCGACCCUCUGCUGAGCACUCGGGAGUUUUGGGACAGUUGGAGUCCCUCAGAGCAGCGAAGGCGGGAGGGGAGGGUGUCGGUGGUGGGGAGGAGGACACUGACAGACGAGCGGACCAUAAACUCAACUGGGUGCUCAAAAGUUUGUCUCAGAGUCAAGGGAAAUCUUCCGACAAACCCGACUUGACUUCCGGCGUCAAAAUGGCUGCCUCGGAUGCUGAAAAAUUUGACGCAGAGAAAGUGCUGAAGCUUUUCUCUUCUUGUCGAGGAGAUGGCGACAUUCUAUCCCUGGAUUGUUAUGUGGAUGCCUACGAAGAGCUUUGCAAGCUCUUCCGUCUGUUUGGGACAAUCUUCUCAUUUGUCACGUCUGACGUCGAGGAGAAAAUUGGAAUCCUUCGAGAUUUCCGCAAGGCUGAAAAUGCGGAAAGCUACAAGACUAUUCAGUCCAUGCUCGACUACGAAGUUGCCAACAGCCUGACCAACAUGAAGAAAAGACCGUCGGGGGCGAGAACUCUUCUACGUCUUCAUCGUGCCCUGGAGUUCAUCUCAGCGCUGCUGAUGAAGAUUCGGGACACGGACAACUCAGUCAAGUUCUCCUCGGUGGCGACAAAAGCCUACGACGAAACUCUGGCGAAACACCACCCGUGGCUGGUGAAGAAAGCGGUGCACGUCGCCAUGUACAUGCUGCCCAGCCGACCUGAUCUCCUCAACAAAAUGAGCAUAGAGGACAGCAACGCUGGUAAGGCCAGGAUGACAGAUCUUAUAGACGAGCUCAAUGUUAUAUAUAACAUUACCCAAAAGUUGUAUGAAAAAGAUAAUUUGUUAGAUUUGCCGUGAUUAUAUAAAUAUAUAUGUUACAUGUUAAGGCUCAAGACUGUGUGUGUUUUGUCAAGUGUGACACUUUUCCCUUCAUCUCAUUUCUUCACGUCAUCAUGUGAAACGUUCCUAGCUUAUACUUUGUAUGGGAUGGAGAGCUUCAAUAAACAAUGUGAUCUAUUAUUAUUAUUAUUAUUAUUAUUAUUUCCUUUUGAUUUUAAAGUUCUUAUUUCAUCAUGCUAGAGUGCUCAUGAAUGAUCUUAUGCCGUUGGGAGUGCAGUAAAACUUUACCAAAACAAAAACUUGGUCUAGCUGACCUGGGGUAUUUUUUCUCAGUUGAUAUGACAUAAUUUGUGCGAUGUGUGAUGACCUACUUUCACUUCACGUGUCAUGGUUUUGUUUUGUGUCGGUGUGAACGUGUCCACUGUGGAGUGACCGCUGUGAUUCCGUACUGGCCGCGACUUAAUGAGUUACGAUAACACAAUGUGUGACUAACGGUGGAGAGAUCUGGGCCUGUUGCUGAGAUGUAUUUGAUGGCUUUUAUACUUGUGGAGCUGCGUCAUUUGGAUCAGAAAAUGGGAACAGAUUGUUCGGACCAACCAAGCUAUUUUCUAUUUCAUCAGGCUACAGAGAAUGAUGUGUGUGGUGUGGACUCUAUUGCUCUCGUUGUGUGAGACAAAAUGUUAUUGUGGUCUUGUUUUUGGAAGUAUUGGUGGAACCUGGAGUGAAGAUGUCCAUACUUUAUUUUGUAACGGUAUUUUUGAUUUGUUUCAGUUUUUUGGUGAAGCCUUCCACUUGACUUUAUUGUCCGUUAUUUUUGUUUGAGAGGGAUUUCAUGUUUAGGAGUCAAUUUUUGAAAACAUUUUGUUUUGUUUUAUGUUGCAUUUGAUUGUGCAAUACACUCUAAGUCCAUGAAGUCCUCACUACGUGUGCUUUUUUAUGACAAUGGUGAUGUUUGUAAGAUAACCAGUGGGCUCUCAAUAUCCUGGUGAUGCAUGUAUAUAUAUAUAUAAUAAUAAUAUAUAUACUCGUAUAUGUAUACAUACAACCACAUGUACUCAGAGCUGAGGGAGUGAAGCUACAACAGUGAUAAGAGUUUGGUUGAAGGAGUCAUCUGUUUCGUUAUUAAGUAAAGAAAAAUCCAUCUUGGAGGAAUAAUGAAACCGCCCAAAAUUCCUUCAUUAACCAGAUCUGUUGGAAUUCUGAUCGCGUCAAGGGAAGUUGCAAUGCGAAGAAUGUAGAAGGAAAAAAAAUGGGAGUUUUGAAAUCUAGACCUAGUGUUAACAGGAAUUUUGUGUAAACAACUUCAUGUUAAACAAAUUCCACGGCAUCUGGAAAAAAUGUUUCCAGCAUGGUGUUUUGGUAGAGGAGUUGUAGCAUGGACAUUUCUCCCCUCGUCAGUGUUACUUUAUGGAUGGAUUAUUGUCAAGUAGUUUUUGACUGAUUCGAAUGAUAAAAUCCUGGAAGACUUGAAGUUUGCUUGGCUGCACGGCACAAUGACUUACAAAUAUUGAACAGUCUAAGACUAAGGGACUAAGGCACCUGAUAAAUUUGUUCAAAAGGGCAACAGACAUGAAUAAUGUGACACAGUUAUGCAUUUAUUUAAUACUGUAUUGUAUUGUAUGUUGUUGUUGUUUUUUCUUGGGCACACUCAAUUUUGAUCUUGAUAAUAUUGCACUUUAGUUGGAGCCUAUGAUCCAUAUAGGGUCAUACUGAUACUAUCUUCAUCUUCUUGAACACAUUUUUCCAUUAUCGAAGCUUUACUAAAAGACAGGCUGUACGAUACCAACAUGUGAACAGACAGAGAUAAGAAGAAUCAGCAAAUUGAAGGGAAUUUCACAGUUGAUAAAACUUUGUGCGAAGAGCAAGGAAUGUUUGGUCUCCAGGUUGUCAAAGCAGUUUAGGUGAAUAAAACUUUGGGGUGAGGGUUUGAUCAUCGGCGUGUUGUAAAGUUGGUAGUUUCUAGAUGUGUGGAAAGUAUUUUACACUUUUCGAAGAUACUCACAUUGUUCCGGUUUCACUGUCACUGUGUGUGUGUGUGUAUGUGCGUGUGUGUCAGUGUGCGUGUGUAAAGUUGUUCGUUCUACAGCGCUCUCUCUCUGGCCAAAGUUACCUGCUUCAGUGACUGGGAUAGUCUCACCGUUGUGCGGGAUUCUGGAGUUUUGUAGUCUGGUGCGAGACAGCAGAAGAAGGUGUUGUGUGUGAGAUUCUGGAGUCUUGUACCGUGAUAAGAGACAGCGGUAGGCCUACACGGUGCGUGUGUGUGUGUGUAAGCCGGCGGACAGACUGUUCAACAAGUGGUUACUGGUUUCUGCUGUGUCUAGCUCAAAUUAUGCAUUUUCUAGAAACUGUUCACGUGCGUGGACAGCAUUGCAAAGUUUUAUGUGAGUCACAGCUUGGUCUUUACAAUGGUUUCUUUUGUAGCGGGACGGAUUUAUUCUGACAGCUGUCUGCGUGUUUGUGGCUGAGUUAUGUUAUGUUAUAUCUGUGACAUCGUAGUGAAAUCAGGCUCGUGUCAUU